GAUUUCGAGUUUCUGGAUAGAAAUUAUUUAAGCAGUGUCUAUAGCAUAUUGUGGCAACGUAUGGUUGUACAUAUACUGUCUGCCAAGUGCCAACGCAAACUGAAGCAGCACAAGCACACUGCAUCGAUCAUGGCGCUGCCGGGGCAGAGCACCGAUGACCAGGCCAUGCUGGGCGCCGAGCACGAGCUCUGGAGAACCACAUUCUCCUACAUCAAGUCCAUGGCGCUCAAGUCGGCUCUGGACCUCCGCCUCGCUGACGCCAUCCACCACCACGGCGGCGCCGCCACCCUCCCCCAGAUAGUCGCCAGGGUCAUGGUGCACCCCUCCAAGAUCCCCUGCCUGCGCCGCCUCAUGCGCACGCUCACCGUCUCGGGCGUCUUCAGCGUUCAGCAGCAGGACGUCGUCCCGGCUGACUACUCCGUGAGCAACGGCAACGGCGCCGUCGUCGAUCCCUUGUACACUCUUACGCCGGUGUCACGCCUCCUCGUCGGCUCGCAGAACUCGGCUUCCAUCAUGGCUUUCGUGCUCAGCCCCGUCCUCGUCACCCCUUUCCUUGGGAUCGGCGCGUGGUUCCAGCACGCACUGCCGGACCCCUGCUUCUUCGAGGAGGCGCACGGCGAGGCGUUGUGGGAGAUGUCCGAGCACGACGUGGCAUUGGACACGCUGAUCAACAGCGCCAUGGUCUCCGACAGCCGCUUCAUCGUGGACAUCGCCGUCAGGGAGAGCGGCGACGUUUUCCGUGGGAUAAGCUCCCUGGUGGACGUCGGCGGAGGCCUAGGCGCGGCGGCCCAAGUCAUCUCGGAGGCGUUCCCGCACGUGGAGUGCAGCGUGUUGGAGCUUGAGCACGUCGUCAGCAAGGCGCCGACCGGCACCGGCGUCAAGUACGUCGCCGGCGACAUGUUCCAGAGCGUUCCACCGGCAGACGCCGUCUUCCUCAAGUCGGUUCUUCAUGACUGGGACGACGAGAAGUGUGUCAAAAUACUGAAGACUUGCAGGAAAGCCAUCCCUCCAAGAGAGGCAGGAGGAAAGGUGAUAAUCGUCGAUAUAGUGGUCGGAGCAGACAAGAAGCACGGGGAGGUGCAUGCCUUGCUCGAUCUGUACAUCAUGUUUAUCGACGGCAUUGAGCGAGAUGAGCAAGAGUGGAGCAAGAUCUUCCUAGAAGCUGGUUUUAGCGACUACAAGAUUAUACCGGUUCUAGGGUUCCGGUCGAUCAUCGAGGUCUAUCCAUGAGACAUUUGACGAUUACGUGCUUGCGUGCUUCCCGUGCGUGCGAACGAAAAUUCAGACCUUGACAAUAGGUUGGGUGAUACAUUUUCUAUCUAUGAUUGGGCCGAUGGAAACUAUGGAGAUAUUAAUAAAGUGGAAGGAUCGAUGCUAUCCCUCCUAGAAA